AUGUCCAGAGGAGAACUGUCGACGUCUCUUCCGGCGUACCAACCGGUGAACCACGACUUCUUGGCGAUCAACGUGAAGGUAAUGUACCUUGUGGGUCAGUGGAACGGUUACUGGCAGGACAAGCGAAAUUGGCGCUACUCGGCGUACUUGGGGUACGCCGUGUUCAUGAUCCUCGUCAUGACAGUCCAUUUCAUCUCUGAGGUUCUGGAGCUCUACGUCAGCUGGGGAGACUUCACCAACUUCGCCAGCACCGCCUGGUUCGCCAACAACUACGGCGCUACUAUCAUCAAGCAAGUCUUCAUCUUGGCUCAGGCGGAUCGGAUUCAGAGCGUGACCCAGCGGCUGAGAGGUGGCGUACUGUCGAGCGGGUUGCGGUGGUCUAAGGAGCAGGACGAAAUCGCCCGAAACACGAACCGGAAGACAAGGUUCUUGUCCAUCGCGUACUACGCCAUAGCAGUGAGCUCUUGCACGGGUCUAAUCGUCAUCAGCCUCCGCACGAGCUAUCGUCAGCUGUCGGGAGCCGCCAAUCUCACCGAAGUGGGCGCCGACACAAUGGAACUUCCUCUGAGGGCGUGGUUUCCCGUGGACAUGCAGAAUCCGCAGAACUUUUUGCUUUUAUUCGGAUUCCAACUUUUCAUAGUGGCCGCCGGUCCGAUGAUAAACAUUGGAACAGAUACGUUUAUUACGGGCCUCAUAAUCCACGCGUGCGGUGAGUUCCGCGUUCUGAAGAAGUCACUGAGGAACCUGAAGCAGCGGGCACGGCAGCUACUACAGGAGGACACCGGCUGCAGGAAGACAACGUCGAACUGUAAAAUAUCUCUAUCGAGUGUGGCAGUUCCGGAAAGUACAAACCACACUGAUAACCACUUCAAGAGAGCAAAGUUUUGUCCAGAAGCCACAGAACCAGCGCAUGAGAACGGCUUUCUGAAUGCAAAGGCCGACGUGGACUCGAAGGUUCACAAAGCCCUCGUGGAGUGCGUACGUCAUCACCAACAACUGCUCCUAUUUGUUUCAGAUUUGGAAGACAUGUUCAGUUCCAUGAUGUUUUUUCAGUUCUUAUCAAUAUCUCUGAGGAUCUGUCUCAUCAUAUUCCACAUUACGAUGUCGGACGAUGAAGGUUUGGUGCAACUGACAUACUUGCAGAUACUCUGCGUCUCUUUCCUUCAGGGGCUGCCUUUUUGCUGGUACGGCAGCGAUCUAACUUACCAGAGCGAAUGUGUGGCUCGCGCCAUGUACGAGACGCCGUGGUUGGAAGGACCACUCAAGUUCCGACGAUCUCUCACGAUAAUAGUCACCCGCGCCCAAGCCCCUCUCCGGCUCACAGGAGGGAAAAUCUACGUUAUGUCCCUGGAAACAUUCCAAGCUAUGAUCUACGCGUCAUUCUCUUUCUUCAAGUUGCUUCAACAACUCAGUGUUUCGUAGGCGCUACCAGUGGCUGCAUCGGCGGAAGAUACCGCGUAAAUGUCCUUCUGCUGUCCCCUCUUUGACUUUCUUGUGACAGAAUUCUUUUAAAGUGCUUUAACAACCGAAGUUCCUCUUUAUAUCCUGCUUUGAAUACUUUGUUAGAUGGGAAAUGACUCGCAAACCCGGGACCGGCUUGUUGACUUCUUAAGGAUUCUGAAGGUGAACCACUAUAACCAUACUCUUCAGAGAACAGCUGUUAUUAAUGAUUAUUAUAAAUUUAAAUAAUCCUUUUAUAUUUUGUAGCCGUCAACAAAUUGGAUGUCUCAAGGCUACAGCAAAAUUGUACAACGUUGUAACACAAACGGGCGAGUGAAGACAGCUCGGUAGUCGCAGAGUAGCGUUGACUUAGAACCAAACGUUAACGCGGGGGUGUCCUUGAAGCAUGCAGUUUUGUGACGCCUACUAUAGCAACUGCCUAAUAAUAAUUUACUGUUUGAAGGCUUUGCACCAAUAGAUUUUUACCAGCAAUAAAUGAACACAGAGAAAAGUUUGUUAUGAAAAAUCACGAAAACCUAAUUUGAAGAAUAUAUGUACUCAAAUUUGGAGUACGUAUUUCCGUCCGUAU